CAUAGCCUCGGUGGGGCACCUCGAGGCUGAAGUCGUUCCUUUUGCAGACAACGCCAUCGGAUCAUUCCAGUUAUCUUCUCACAUUUAUUAUGGUGCAUUUUUGCCGUUGGUCCCCGUUCAAUCCCGCAAGACCGGGUCUAUCCGCGUGACUUCUGAAUGUGUACUACUUAGUAUUUGAGGGUCGUGUGAGCACUUGUUCCACUUCUUCUUUUGAACACACCUAGCCCUUCUCCCUGCAAGCAAACAUAACAGUAUCAUGGUAUCUGUUCUUCCCAGAUCCUUCACUAUGCCAUCCCCAAGUACCAAGCAGGAGCUGCAGCUGAACGAGCUAGGCAGCCUUUCCGAUGCUGUGGAGCCAUUUGCAAGGCUCUUGAGCCAAACUGGUCGUUCCGUGCGGCUGCAUUGUUCUGUCCCUAUGUGGUCAUCUCCUUCCGAUAUAUGCCUUGAUUUACACGACCUUCAUGACUUACGCUCACGAAUCCUUCUCUUCAUUCAUGAUCUCUUGGAAUUAUUGCGCUCAGCGGGGAUUCCUGCAUCCUAUCGACUUGCUCCCUCCAACUCUUCGCUCUGUUUCAUCUGUGCGCUGCCGACUGAGCUCAGUGCGCCAAAGGUGAGGUCGGCUGCAGUUGAAAUUCUGCAGAAUGCGAAAAUACAUGCAAGGGAGAAGGUUUUACUGGCUGACCUGGAGUGCGGCCCCGCAUUGAUCAUUUCCUAGUUUCUCUGGCUUCUCUGGGACAUUUCGCACGCACUGCGAAGCAUCGUAUUAUACAUCUAUACACCUUUGCAUUGCUAUCUGUACCAUUAAAUAAAGCAUUAUGAACUGAUCUUGACUUUGACUUUACGUACUAAAUAAACAAUUCAGUAAUAGGACUUAACCUUCCAAGCACGCGGAUAGUUUCGAGCCAGGAGGUCGUUUGACACGAGAGCUUGAGCGCUUGAACCGGUCCGUC